AUGACCACAGGGAAGGGGUAUCGGGAAAAGGCAAUUGCCAGACUGACAAACCUAGAAGAAUUAUGGCUCGACAGUCUUCCUAAUGCUACAUUUGGGGAGGUGUUUCGAAACCUGACCAGCCUCAAAACACACAAAAUAUCAGGGGUGAAAGUCGACCCAACAUGGAUAUUGAAUGAGUUUUGUUGUAUCGAUGUAACAUGUAGCAGAUUUGACAUGAGGUUUUACAUAUUCUACGUGCAACAUAUAAAAAACGACAUAAGCUACGGCAAAUUGGCAUUGCCUAUCUAUGAGUUUUAUGUUCACAAGAACAACAGUCUUAAAACUGUUAGGGCGGCAGGGUGCAUGUUAUACUGCUGGGAAGGACCAGUUCAUGGCUUAGAAAUUAUUGAAAAUAUCGAUUUGAGCUUAAACUAUUUCAGUGUUAACAUUUCUGAGAAAAACCAGCUGAACACUCAGAUAGAAUAUCUUGAACAGGUCUGCGCAUCAUAUACACACCCCAUUAUUGGUCUUAGUGUGGUUAUUGCUAUUGCGGUGAACAUUAUUGUUGCUGUUAUAGUACAUAGAAACAGAUGGAAAAUACGAUAUUGGUUCUACGUGAGCUGGAAGAAAUUUGAAUCCAGGAAAAGCGACAAAGUUUUCCUGCAAGAUGAUGAUAUCCUUCCUGCGCAAAACUUGUGCAAUGUGAUCGGAAACGCACUUCACGUCAGUCGAACGUUGCUUUGCAUAGUCUCUAGAAAUUGUUGUCUUAGCACAGAGUGA